AUGAGUUCCCAACCACCAUCACAAUCUCCAACAACUACAAAGAGCAAAGGAAAAGCUUCCCAAAACUCUCAACCCUCACAAGGUUUAAAGGCACAUUGGGACACAAAAUCUACUGAAAUUUUUGUCAAAUUUUGUGUGGAGCAAGUGAAAGCAGGUCACAGACCUGGGCUGGAGUUAGAUCCCUUGACUAGAGCUAUCAUGGCAUCAGAUGAUUGGUGGAAUUUGAAUCUACAGAGGUAUCCUGAUGCGGCCAAAUUUUGUGAGAAGCCAUUGACAUUGGCCGAUGACAUGGACAUACUGUUCUCUGAUGUUUCUGCAACUGGUAAGUGGGCAUACACCCCAAGCUUUGGAGUGUUUCAUGACAAUGAGGGAUCUCACACCCCACUUGGUGAUGAUACUGAUACGAAAAUUCAUCCAUCUGAAUUGAGCAACCAAUGUCGUCGCCAAAAAGAGGGUUCAUCAAAGAAACAAAAGGGGAACAAAAAACAAUCGGCUAUCAGUGAGUUGAGUAAGACACUUAACCGUAUUGUCGAUGCGGUGGAGGCAUCAUCUUCAACUGGUACAUAG